AUGAUAUUUAAAUUUUUUUUUAUUUUUUUUUUAAUUAUUUUAGUUAUAAAAAUUUCAGAAUCAGUCGAUAGCACUGUAAAUGUACAUUUAAUUAAAUCAAGAACCGAGCUUGCAUAUAGUUUUAAAGAGUCAUUAUCAUUUAAAACAAUUUCAUUUGAUGAUGAAAGUAAUAAAAUUGAUUAUGAUGAAUUUUUAAAAUUCCAUAAUUUUUUACAAAAUAAAUUUCCAAUAAUCCAUAGAGUUUUAAAGAGGACAGUAAUAAAUAAAUAUUCAUUAUUAUUUGAAUGGACAGGAAGUGAUAAAACAUUGAAACCUUUAUUAUUAAAUUCACAUUAUGAUGUUGUACCAGUAACAGAAUCAGAAUGGACAUUUAAUCCAUGGGGAGAAAUUAGAAACGAUAAUAUUUAUGGACGUGGAUCAAUUGACAAUAAGGUAAUAGUAAUGGCAACUAUGGAAUCGAUUGAAGCCAUUUUAGCAAACAAUUACACUCAACCAAUUCGUACCAUUUAUCUAUGUUUUGGACAUGAUGAAGAGCUUGGUGGAUUGAAUGGUCAUAGAAUGAUCGCCAGACAUUUCAGAGAGAAUUUAGUUAGAGCAGAGGCAAUCUUUGAUGAGGGUUGUCCAUUUUUAGCAUCUAAUUUCGUUCCAGGAUUUCACGACAUUAUUGCAGGUGUUGGAGUAUUUGAAAAAGGUUACCUAUUUUAUAAAUUAACAUCAAAGGUUAAUUCAUUCACCCAUUCUGCAAUACCACCAAAAGAAUCUGCAAUUGGUAUCCUCUCAAAGGCAUUGGCAAAGAUUGAAUCAAAUCCAUUCGCACCAAUUGAAAAUAUUGAAAAGAAGAAUCAACUCUUACAAUUAUUCAAUGGUGAAACUAUAAAAUCAAAUCCAUUCUUAGAUGCAAUGACAAAAACCACCACAGCAUUGUCAAUGAUACAUGCAGGUACAAAACCAAAUAUAAUACCAACAACCGCUUCAGCUUGGGUGUCACAUAGAAUUAUUAAUGGAAAUUCAAUUGAAUAUGUAAAGAGUAGAAUUUUGGAUUUAAUUAAUGAUACAAGAAUCACAAUGGAAAUUGAAGGAUUUUUAGAACCUUCUCCAAUUAGUUCACCAUUUACAACUGCAUACCAAAUACUUAAACAAACCAUCUAUCAACAAUUUGGAGGUUACAAUGUAAAGGUUGUACCAACUCAAUUGAUGGCAAAUACCGAUACUCGUCAUUAUUGGGAUAUCACUGAUAAUAUCUAUCGUUUCAUGCCGAUCGUUGGUAAUUUCAUGGAUUUUGUCUCAAUACAUGGUAGUAAUGAAAAAAUUUCAAUUGAUGAUUAUAUUAAAACAAUUCAUUUCUAUAAAAAAUUGAUUUUAAAUUUUCAACCAUUCUCAAACUCUUCAAAUAGUAAUUAUAUUAAUAAAAAUUUGAAAAUAAAUGAUUAUUGUCCAAAUUCAAUUUAUUCAAAAUAA